GUACAGCAACAUGUAACAGCUGUCAUCAUAUCGAGUUGUGUCAUUUUUUUUCUUCAGUUUUUAUGCUUCAGCCUGAACAAAGAAUUCGCAAGAGGACAAAAUACGAAAAAUCGAUCUAUUCUGGUACAGAUAGUUAAUUGAACGUAUUUGCUGAAAUGAUAACUCAUAAAUUUUAGAGAGAAAAAAAAACGUUGAACAUUGGACUAAAUCAGAUGGGACUUUAGAUAAUGAUUCAGCGAUAGUACAGCAAUAUGGCAUAAAAUGACGACGACUGCGGGAGAAAAGGACCGCAUUUUGACAGCAUCCCCCACGAAAACCCCGCCCUUUCUACGCCACAUCACAAUCAUUGCAAGAUUGUCAACGCUGGCGACACUGGCCGUAAUGUGGGCAGCAGCUGUAUACGUUGUACAGGACAAAGAAACACACACUCAAUAUGUUGGAUUUUAUUUGAUUGGAGCAUCUACGGUUGUGACAUUUUUUGAACUAGCAUGGAUUAUCAAUAAAUCUGUCUGCUGCAAACAGGAGGGGUGCUGUUGUGCCUGCUGGCAGAUCGUCAUGUGGAUGGACAACUGGAAGAAGGGGAUCCUCUACCUCCUCAUCUCCAUCCCCGUCUUCCUGGAGGGAAUGAGGAUCAUUCUAGGGAUAAUUAGUGGUUUUCUUCUUAUUUUAUGUGGAUUGUUGUACAUAUUAAAGACAUUCAAGGAGGGUAUAGUUUACACAGUGACAGAGACGAGAUACAUCCCGACCCCCACACCAUCAAUUAAUAUAGUAACUCACGAGAUCUACACACAGACAGAGGACAGUGAAUACUAUAAAGAAUUAACAGGUCACUGAUGACCAAACAGUAUUAUUAUUAUUAUAGUAUUUAUAGUAAAUUUAAAAUUCUUACAUUAUGACAUACAGUAUAAACACAUUUGGCUGAAGGGACUUUCAUAUAUGUACACCAUUUAUUAUACCUGUAUAACUAUAAAAGAUAUGAUUUUAUUUAUAUUCAGAUCCCCCUGUUUUAACUCUUUUUUUAACCACAAGUGUCCACAUGACUUAGGCCUAUUAAAACUCUGACUAUAUUUUUUCGUGGCUGAUAUUUGUUGUCUUCAAUAUUUGGUUCAUUUUUUGUGAGUUGUAAAAUUGAGAGAAACCAAAGAAAAUUGUCAAGUUAUUACUAUAAAAUGAGUCCCAAAUUGUUAUGCAUAUACUUUGAUGUUUACACAUUCAACAAAGUCAAGAAAAGUUGAAAUAUUUAUUUGUCAUCAAUUUAAGACAAAACUGUAUACAUGAUAUAUCAUUUAAUAAAAAAAAAAUAAUAAUAAGGCAAUAAAUAAACUUUCUUUUUAAAAAAUGACAAUAUUUGGCAGAACAGUUACUUUAAAGGAAUAAAAUGAUUUUAAUAUACAUGUAUGCUUUUUUACCCUUAGACAAUGUAAAAAAAAAAAGUCCUGUAUUGCACCUUUCAAUUAAAUUGACAGAGCUUUUGGAUUUCACAUACAAAAAUAUACUUGUCAUUGGGAGAAUAUUCACAUUUGUAGAACAUUUUAUCUAUGUCACAUUAUAAUGCCAUAUGAUUGUGAUGGAAAAAUAUUUAUUAUAUAAUAGUACAUGUACCUUCUAAAAUAUUUUGUUGGCACUUAUUGUAACUAUUAUU